AUGGGCCUGUGUGCUUCUUCUCAAAGCCGAAACUCCAUCAAACAUCACUCACCAUCACAGUCGACGAUCAAGGUAGUUCGCUGUGACGGGAAGCUGCAGGAGCUGAAACAGCCAAUCAAAGCCAGUUACAUCAAAACCCAGAAUCCAAACUUCUUUCUUUGCAGCUCAGAGUCGAUGAUCGUUGGCAUGUGUGUUCCUGAGAUAUCAGAUGAUGAAGAGCUGCAACUGGGUCAAAUUUACUUCCUUUUGCCACUUUCUCAAGCUCACAAGCCUCUGUUCCUCCCGGAUUUGUGUGCUCUAGCCGCCAUAGCAAGUUCGUCCAUUGGGAACGCCGGUUACCCUUUUGUCGUGUUUUAG